GUUGCUCUGUAACUUUCCUUCACUCUCCUGUCUUCUUUCCCCCGGGCUUGAAUGGAGAAGCCGGGCUCUCUGGAACCUGCACCCCCCUUGCCGGGUGCAGAGCCCGUUGCUGGGGUUCAUGUUGCCAAAAUGGAAGUGCCUCCUGUGGAUGAGGGGGCAAAACCUGCCAGCUCCAAACUGUUUUGGUGUGCAUGUGUGAAGCGCUGGCUGCCACUGGCCUACAGAGAAGAACUUUACCACAUCUUACGGCUCACAGGGCCCCUGCUGCUGUCCCGGGUUCUGAACUUUCUCCUGUCCUUUGUUAACACCAUUUUCUGUGGUCACAUUGGAAAUGCAGAGCUGGCUGGAUAUGCCCUUGCCUCGGCGACCAUAACUGUGACCACAGUUGCACCAGGCUAUGGCCUUACGAUGGCUUGUGACACCCUCAUAUCUCAGACAUACGGCGGCAAGAACAUGAAACGUGUGGGAGUUAUUCUACAGAAAAGUACCCUGAUCCUGCUGCUGUUUUGUCUGCCCUGUUGGGGUCUCCUCAUCAACUCUCACAAUUUACUGCUUCUCCUCCACCAAGAGCAUGAAGUGGCCCGAAUAGCCUACCUUUAUGUGAUGGCGUUUCUUCCUGCUGUUCCCGCUAUGUUUUUGCACCAACUGCAGGUCUCCUAUCUACAAAACCAGGGCAUCAUUCUACCUCAGAUGUACACGGCUGCUGUGGCCAACAUUUUUAACCUGGGGAUCAACUAUCUCCUUAUUCAUGCGCUCGACCUGGGUGUAAUUGGAUCGGCAGUGGCCAACAGCCUUUCUCAGAUCAUCAUUUGCCUUCUGUUGUUUGGCUACAUCAGGUGGAAGAAGCUGUAUGAGCAGACAUGGGGAGGCUGGUCAACUGAAUGUCUGCAGGGCUGGGACUCCUACAUGAAGCUGGCUGUUCCAAGUGCGUUCAUGAUCUGUUUUGAGUGGUGGGUCUGGGAGGUUGGAGGUUUUCUUGCAGGUUUGCUCGGGGAAGAAGAUCUGGCUGCUCAGCAUGUGAUGGUAGAAAUAGGAGCCAUAACAUACAUGUUUCCUUUAGGCAUCCACGUUGCAGCCUGUGUUCGUGUUGGGAAUGCUCUGGGGGCCGGCAACACAUCCAGAGCAAAAAUCACCUGCAAAGUUGCUCUAGUUCUAUCAGGAGUGUUCGCUGUAUUACAGGCGUUCGUCCUUGCUGGCUCUAAGUCCGUCAUUGGCCACAUAUUCACCUCAGACGAAAACAUCGCAGGGCUCGUGUCAGAAAACAUGUCAGUUUACAUAUUUCUUCAGUUCCUUGAUGCAUUGCUGUGUGUCUGCACAGGAAUUCUUGUUGGAUGUGGGAUGCAGAAAGUUGCUGCCCUAUCAAACUUGGUGUUUUACUAUUUCAUCGGCUUACCUGUGGGAAUAGGACUGAUGUUUUAUGCACAGCUGAGAGUAUUAGGCUUGUGGCUCGGUCUCCUGAUUUGUGUCUUCAUUCAGACGAGCGUCUUCCUUAUACUGAUCUUUAGAGCUGACUGGAAAAAAGUGACGGAUAAGGCUCAAAGGCGAGCAGGGAAACCUGUGGUUGUGCCCCCAGUGCGUCCUGUUAGUACAGUUUUAAAUGAGGCCCUUUUACCAGAUGCCAUCGACUGCCCGGAUUCAGCCCAGGAAAAGAGUGAAACUGUUCUCAGAACAGAGGGCUACAGUCGUGUUAAUACCCAAGACCAGGAGCUGAGGGGGGCUCGUGAAUCAGAGGAAAACCACACGAAUGCUUCAGUAACUCUGAAUGAUGCUGAAAAGAGCAAAGAAUCUUCCGGCACCAAAGCUGCAGAGAAGCUCUCCACCUCUCAGCUGAUCAUGCGUCGGGGACUAACGGUGCUGCUUUUAGUUCUUAUAUUGAUCACAGGAGUCGCGUUCUACAUCGCCGUUCCUGUUCCAGAACCCCAGAGCGUGGCCAAUGUCACCUUAAGCUGGUUUAAUUUCUCAACUCCUACACCACUGAAUGCACUGAACCUGACAACAAUCUUGUAAGCUACUUGAAAUGAAUACACCUGCUGAUUGCACGAGGUUGUUGCACUGGCUCCAUCGUCAACAAAUGUCUCGUAAAAUGUCUUGGGUUGUGACCCUCUUGGUCUGUGGGUGCCUAGCUAGGCUGACAAGCCUCGGUACAAAUUGCUCGCAAACACACCAUGUAGAAAGUGCCAAAGCUGCAACGUGAUAAAUAAAACAUUAAGUAAUGAUAUUGUAUAUACCUGUUAUAAGUUUAAAUAAAAACAGAAAUACACCCACCACUUCAUAUUGUACUAUAUCGUAAGAAAUAUGUUUUUACAUAUUAAAAUCCUUUGCAAUA